AUGAACGGAACUCGCGCCAACCGGCGUAAGCACGAGUACCGUGGAGGCCAGUGGACCAGAGACCUCCUCACGGGCGAGGAGAAGGAGCUUUCGCGCCCGGAGUACUCCAUUGGAGCCAAAGACAGGGGCCGGGUCCUCCCCUUCGAUGAGACCGGCGUUCCUUACACCAAGAACUACAUCAACAACAAGGAGGCCUUUGACGCGCUUGACAAGGCCCGAUUCGAGACCGAGGUGCCCCUGUGGCCUCGUAACAAGGAUGGAACCCGUCAGACCUUUGCUGACCUCCAGAAGAACAUGAAACUGUCCGGAGAUGGUGCGAAGGACGCGGCUGAGGCAAAGGUACUGAACACCUUCUACCCUCACCAGGCCGGAGGACUGUUCUGCUCGGCGCCAUUUUGCAAGGGCGAGAGGGCCUUUCGCUCCGAGUCCGCCGAGUCUGAUCCGAACGAGGACCUGCUUGUUUGUCAGGCUCUGGGCAUCAGCGAGCUCCGCUCGCGUAUCAUGAACAACCUGUCUUACCACGACAUCGGAAGCCUCCAGGGCACCUGCACCAACGUGGCGAACCAGGUCAUGGGUACCCCGGCGCUCUGGGACAUGUCUCACGGAGGAUGCAACUACAGCGAGUUUACUGCGGAAGAGUUCGAGGUCUUGAAGGAGUGUGGAGAUGCUGAGAAGGAUGACCAGCAGGGCAACAACGAGUUUCUUAUGAUCAGCCCAACACACAUGGGCUACGACGAGGGACACGGCCUCCGGGACUACCCAAACAACGUGGCCCAGGUCCAAAGCGUGCUGAUCAUGGGCAGAGGCCUCCAUCUCAGGGGUCACACUAUCAAGCGGGUGUGCUUCAACCGAGUGAACUUCUUCGACUCGGGCGUCUUCGGCACCUAUCUCGACUUGAUGCCGAACCUGGAGCGGGCCGACAUCACCAACUGUGACCUGAUCCGCUACCACCACGUCCCUUACCUUCUUGACAUCGUCAAGGCCUACAACAAGAGGCACGGUCACAAACUGUUGUUUGAUGUCUCUCCGAGGUACAACUAUGGACCCCUGUGGGAGAACGGCAAGCGGAAGGAUGGUUGGUCCGAUGGUUACGAUGUGGUCAAGGAGGACAGGCAGGGUACCUACGGUCUGACUUACAGCAACCCGGGCGUCAGGAUCCCGCCGGCCGUGGUGAAGGUCUACAUCUACGAUAUUGCGCCGCGCAUGAAGCAGUCCGGCCAGAUGCACAUGAUGGAGAGCAACGCCCUGUUCCGACGCUUCCUCGAGAAGCUCCCGCUCCACAGCAAGGCGGUGCCUCGCAUGGAGGCCGUCGCCGAGCACAAGGAGUACCUCAAGCGGCUCUUCGCCAAGGGCAAGAUCAGCGAGGACGACAAGGCCAGGCUGCAGAUCCGCUGCACCUUUGCGGAGCGGGACGCCAUAUUCGGGGACGAGGGCCACAUCCAGCUGUACGAGGACGGCAUCCGGUCGACGACCGAGAAGGGCACCCCGUUCCGCUACGGCCUGUGGGGCGACACGGCCAACUGCGCCGACUGCAAGACGCACCUGGCGCUGAUGUACUGCACGACCGGCUACGCCUGCGACGGCUGCCAGAUGGCCGCGGCCGUGUCCCGCGACGACUACCACUGGAAGAAGCUCAAGUCGGAGGCCACUCAGUACCUCGGCUGCCACCACGAGGACGACGACCCCAUCGUGCCGCUGGGCAAGACCAACAUCGACUUCAGCGUCCUCCGCGACGCGCGCGGCAACUCGCGCAUCCAGCGGCUGAGCGACUUCGAGAACCUGCUCGCGGUCGAGGUGCCCAAGAUCCGGAGGAUGAUGAACCACGCCCGCAAGAUGGACAUCCGCGGGUACACGGGGCUCAACAUCCCCGACCUCGUCGUCCAGAAGAGACACCGGUGCGACCGCGUCCCGGACAACAACGACACCCAGCGGGACCUCCUGCGCCUGGUGUACUACCGUCAUGCCGUCCCUCUCGAGGUGAUGCAGAAGUUCCCCAACGGAAGGACUGACAGGAUGGUGGGCCAGUUCUAG